GCGUAAGGUAGCCUUGAAGAUUGGAAAGCUUCAAAUUCGUGAUCAUUCUUUCGGUUCCGGGGCAUGCAAUUGAUUGCCCUUCAGCACGGCAAAUCAUAGCAAAUCACCAUGGCAUCAACAUCACAGUUCAUCGGGCUUGCAAAGUCGCUGCCCGCACCACUGCAGCGCUUCUUCGCCCGCUAUCCUCCCGCCGCCAUCCUCCCCGAAAACACCCCAAAGACCCGAUACCAGGAGGAGAGACCGAACCCUUUCCGCUUCUACAAGCACCCAGUGACAGGUAAAUGGCAGGACCCUGUCUACUCGCAGCGUCGCCAGGCUGAGCUGGUCAAGAUGGCCCGUGAGAACGGCGUCGAGGAUCUGCUGCCAGAAACACGUAAGGGCACUGAGUACAAGCUGGCUCACCGUGUUGAGCAUGGUCUGAGAGUCAAGGGUACUGGCGUGGGACAGAAGGUCAAGGGUCAUAUCCACGAACGACAUAUGAUUGCAAAGAUGGAGACAAGAAGGAAAGCCAUGUUGGAUAUGCCCAGUCUUAUCAAGCGCUGGAAGAGGCGACCGUCUUGUCAAAGAACGAUUGUGCACUCAAGAUCCAGCUUCCCUUUCGUAAAUUACAGGCCACCCAACUACCAUUGCGUCUGGAGGUUCUGGGACAUGAAUCUCCUAUCUUCUACACCAACUAACAUUAAUAUGGCUCUCAUUUCUCCACGUAACCCAAGCAUGGCCUCACCAGAAGUGGCAACGCAUUACCAAGUCCUCAACCUCACACCCACGCUACUCGACACACAGCAUGAUUCUACACCCCUCAUAAAGCGCGCCUAUCACCGGGCCCUCCUCCGUAACCACCCAGACAAAGUCACAAAUUCAGAUCCAUCCUCUGUUUGCUUCACAGUCGACCAAAUCACAACUGCUCUCACCAUCCUUUCCGACCCUUCUUGUCGGGCAGCUUACGACGCCGCGCUGCGAGUGUCUCGCCCGAGCGAGAAGAGAGAUGGCUCUUUUCAGAUCGGCGUGGAAAGUGUUGACCUAGAUGAUCUGGCAUUUGAUGAGGAUCAGGAAUGCUGGUACCGCCCUUGUCGCUGUGGGAAUGAGCACAGCUAUGAGUUUUGCGAAGCAGACUUGGAAGAAUUUGUGGCUUCGAGUUCACUUUGCCGUUAUUGAGGAUGAACAGGAAUCACAUCCUUCAAAUAAAACUUCGAAAGAUAAGACUUGACUUUACGGCCUCCUCAUAAUCAGAUUAUGGUUGAACCAACCAUGACAGAGUACUCUUGUCCGCAUAUAUCUUGGCAAGGGCAUGAACUGUGUCGGGAUCAACGAUCCAAGAACCCGGCCAGCAAUCAAGCAAGAUACCUGGCACCGCAACCUGGUGUUGUUGCUUG